CGAUACGAAAACGCUUGAGGAUGGAUUAACAAAAGUCGAAUUUUUCUAGGGUACAAAGAAACGCCAAAAUGACGCUGAUAGUGAAUGUGAUCAGUGCUUCCAAUCUCCCCAAUAUUGAGAAGUUUGGAAAGAGUGACCCGUUCUGUGUUGUGGAGUUUUUGAAUGAGAAGAAAGAAACAAAAGUUAUCGAUGAUGAGCUCAACCCAGUUUGGAAUGAGAAACUUGAGUUUGAUUUAAAGGGUAAAGCCCUCUCUGGUCGGGAUAAGUUGGCCCUUUCGGUCAAGGAUAAGGAGACUAUCGGGAAGAAUAGAUUACUCGGUACAGCCAAUGUCCCUCUCAAAGAUCUACUCAAGGGCAGUAAUACCAUGCAGGUUAAUGUCAACCUCAUGGAUGCCAGCGACAAGCCUAACACGGGUACUGUCAACUUGCAAAUUACGUACAAUGCACCUUCCAACAGCAGCAGCGCGGCCGGAGGUGAGGGGCAGACAGUUUCAGCAUCAGUUGCCGAAAGCACCGAAGGCGGUGUGGAAGAAGAUGAAGAAUAUGAAGAUGUUGGCGGUGAAGCUGAGGCUGGCGAUGGUGGCAUCGGCCCGUCGGGCAAAAAGCUGAGGAAAGCCAGGCGCAAGUCAAGGAAAUCACUCUCGACAAAACCACAAGAUUUCCAGAUCCGUGUGAAGGUCGUCGAGGCUCGUCAACUUCAAGGAGGGAAUAUCUGCCCGGUUUCCCGCGUGACAUGCUACAAUCAGACAAAACAGACCAGAGUGAAGAAAUCAACAAACUCCCCCUUCUGGAAUGAAGUUUUCUUUUUCAAUUUCUUUGCGUCACCGGCCGAACUUUUUGAUGAGCUCAUCAGCUUCCAGGUGUACAACUCAAGGAAACUACGCUCGGACGCCCUUAUUGGUUCCUUCAAGUGCGAUAUCGGCCUGGUUUAUGAUGAAGCGAACCACACAUUACUCAACAAAUGGCUGCUGCUCAGCGAUCCCGAUGACACAAUGGCCGGAGCCAAGGGCUACCUCAAGAUAUCCGUCACUGUCAUGGGACCCGGCGAUGAGGCACCAAGUUUCAAGGCUGUUGAGGGGGGUGAAGAUGAAGACAUUGAAGCAAAUCUGCUGCGCCCAGCAGGAGUCCAGCUGCGUCCAGCAUCAUUCAUACUACGAGUGUACAAGGCAGAGGAUUUGCCCAGGAUGGACUCUGACCUGCUGCAAGGCAUGAAGAAAAUGGUCGGCCUAGGAGAUGAAAACAAAGAACUUGUGGAUCCGUAUUUGAUAUUCUCUUUUGCUGGGAAAGAGGUGCGAACAAAGAUCAUGUACUCAUGUGAUCACCCAGAAUUUAACCAGGAGCUGAGAUUAGGAUUGAGGUUUCCCUCGAUGUGUGAACGCAUAAAGCUUCAAAUCAAGGAUUGGGAUCGACUAACAGAAGAUGACCCGAUCGGAACAACGACCAUUGCGCUGUCCCAGGUCUCGGCACAAGGAGAUGGCGAUAAAGGAGAUGAGGGUUUCUUGCCAUGCUUUGGACCCUGCUAUGUGAACUUCUACGGUUCGCCAAGAGAGUAUUCUGACCUCCCUGAUGAGUAUGAAGAUCUUAAUCUGGGAAAGGGUGAGGGAUGUGCGUAUAGAGGGCGUGCGAUUGUGGAACUCCAGACCAAACUUGGUGAGAUGCCCGAGGUCGACGUCGAGGACUUGAACAAUGACUUUGUCCUUCGAGCCGGCAAGUUCUUGCGUCGGAGGAAGUACCGCUUACAUUGUGCCUUCCUGAAUGCCACUAUGAUCCAAGCUAUUGAUGCGCCAGUCGAAUUUGAAGUUAGCAUAGGAUGUUAUGGGAGUAAAACUGAGGCAGGAAACUAUGGUAACAAACUCGACGUCGGGGUUCCGCCAAGUUCGUCAACAACGCAGCCAACCAACGCUGUAUUUGACGGGACGUUCUACUACUUCUUGCCGUGGGGCAACAGCAAGCCCUGCACGGUGGUCGAGUCCCAUUGGGAGGACAUCUCCUUCAGGCUGGAGGCACUGAAUAUGAUCCAGAAAAUCAUUGAUAGAUUGCAAGACAACAUUGACAAAGUCAAACUCGGCUUGAAGGCCAACUUGCCAACCCCUGAGCAAGCACAGCUGUUGAUAUCUGCUUUGGACCAACUGGUUAUUGACUGCAAUGUAUGGGAAGAUACUUACCCACCCAGCAAAAAGCUCCCGGAUAUCACACCAGGGCAGAGUGUCAAGAAUGACCUUGACCGCAUGGUGCAGACACUCCGUGAGAACGAGUUGCGGUUCAUCAAGAAAGAGGCGUCGAAGCUGCGUGAGAAUGCCACGGACGUGCAGGAGGCCAUGCAUGAGAUGGAGGGCUACAUGGAACAGUUGAAGAAUGUUGCAACAGAGCCCCAGAACAGCAUGCCUGACGUUGUGAUCUGGAUGAUCAGUGGCGACAAGAGAAUUGCGUACUUCCGUAUCCCGGCUUACGAUGUCAUCUACUCGGCCAACCCUGAUAACUGCGGGAAAAACUGUGGCAAAGAACAGACGAUUUACCUGAAGUGCAUUGAACAAGCAGUUUUUGAGGGGCCUACCGGAAAAAAGAAAAAAAAACAUCGUUCUCCGACUCCUGGCAGUAAAGCAGAAAAAGAAGGCAAGGAUGAGAUCCCAGCGAUGAUUCGCUGCAAGAUCUGGCUCGGACAGGAGAAGGAAGAACACGCCUGGACUGCCAUGCAGUCAGAAGGAGAACUCGCUGUCUUUGCUGAAACGUAUGAGAAUCAAGUCAAUGUACUUGGUCGCUGGACUGACAUGGGGCCAACAAUGACCCGACCAAAAUGGUCCGACGCUGCUGGCAAGAUUAAGCUGAAGAAGGAAGAUUUUGAACCUCCACCAAGCUGGAGAUGGGACACUGACUGGUUUGUCAGUCCAGAGCUGAGUAUGUUGUUCGACAAGGACGCGGGACAUCGCACGUAUAUGGAAGAUGCCUUUGAAUGUCAAGGUCGUAUCCCCGGAGGAGAAUGGGGAGCGUCUUCUGUCGCUUGGACUGAUGUGAAAGGAGAUUCUGCCGUCAAUCGUGACGAAAUCCGCUGUCCGUCUGGCUGGGCAUGGGACGAUGACUGGCAAGUGGACUUCAACCGACCAUGUGAUGAGGAAGGUUGGGAGUUCACCGUUGAGGCCACCCUUGGUGGUUACAUGCCCGUGGAGAAGACGUACCACAUGUGUCGACGUCGCCGAUGGGUGCGAUCCCGUACGCUCGUCAAGGAUGCUGUCCAGGAAGAGCAGCAGGAGGAGGCAUCGAAGGAGGCUGCCGAGGGAUGGGAGUACGCGCCACUCUUCAACAUGAAGUUCCACGCUAAGGAGCGUAAGAUGGAUCUGGUGAGACGUCGGCGCUGGCAUCGCAAGAUGGUCGCAGAAGGCAGCGGUGCUGGUUGUUUCUUCAAUGUGUCGAUUGAAGACCCUCUCAAUAUUCCACUCAGACAUGCUAAACGUCCCCUCAAUAAGAAGGAUUCUGACAAGCAAACGAUGGCUGCUCCAAGGAUGUUCCUGACAUUCGAUAAGUCCCAGAAGUACCAGCUACGUUCGUACAUCUACCAAGCGCGUGACAUCCUGGCCGGGGACAGCACCGGUCUCUCUGACCCCUUCGCCAGGAUCUCCUUCCUCAACCAGUCACAAGUCACGGAGAAAGUGGAGAAGACCCUCUGUCCUACUUGGGACCAGACGCUGAUGUUUGAGCAGGUUGAAAUCCACGGAGACCCGCGUGGCAUCGCUGAUAAUCCGCCACAGAUCGUGAUUGAGAUAUUCGAUCAUGAUACCUUUGGUGAAGAUGAAUUCCUUGGAAGGACCAUUUGCACACCGCUUGUCAAGCUCGACCCCUCUGAUGGCCGCACACCUGUCCUGCAGUGGCAUGAGUUCAAGAAGAGCGGCAAAUACGCAGGAGAGCUACUCGCUGCUUUUGAACUCUUCCUUGUUACGGACAAGAUGUUACAAACUGGUCAGAAUAUUCAACAGCUGAUGAAUGGAAAGGACCUGCCCUUCCACCCUCCGAAGAGAGGAAACUUGUACCUUGUCCCCAAUGGCAUCAGACCCGUCAUGCAGCGUACCGGUAUCGAAGUUUUAUGCUGGGGCGUGAGAAACAUGAGAAAAUUCCAGUUGGCCAGUGUGACAUCGCCAAGCGUGGAGCUCGAGGUCGGAGGUCAUAUGGUGACGUCACCAGUUAUCAAGAGUACUAAGAGGAACCCCAACUUUGACAACCCCCUUCUAUUCUUUGAUGUGAUGUUGCCCAAGGAAGAACUGUACAUGCCCCCCAUGAACAUCAGGGUGAGAGAUCAUCGCCAGUUCGGAAGGAAACCAUUGGUGGGCAACCAUUGUUUGAAAUCAAUGGAGAAAUACCGCGUGGAGCCAAGGAUCCAGGAGAUAGUUGAGGAGCCGGGAGAAGGAGAUCCCAAUGGCCCGAUGACCCCUGCGGGCGAACAUGUCAUUGACAUGCCUGAUGAUGGCGCUGCCGUUGACACUCCUGCUGGCUCACAGAAGAAGAAGGAUGGCAAGAAAAAAUCGGACAUUGAGGGACAGCCUCUCCUGGACGAGAGCAUGUCAGCAGAUGGACAUUCUAUCCGGGGUUCCAAGAGGAAAAAACCUCGCACCAAAAAAUCGGAUCCACCGAUGACGGAAUACAGUUUGUUGGACGAGGACAUCGACUGGUGGUCCAAAUUCUAUGCCUCCAUCGGUCAAGAGAAGAAGUGCAAGAAGUACCUCGAUGUCGGCUAUGACAAACUGGAGGUCUACAAGUCUGAGCUGGAGAAAGUUGGCAACUUUGAAGACUUCGAUGAUUUCUGUUCAACCUUUGACCUCAACCGUGGCAAGAACUUGGAUGAGGAAGAAAGCAACGUUGUGGGAGAAUUCAAGGGUUCCUUCCGUGUGUAUCCACUCCCAGGUGACCCCAAUUCACCGAUGCCCGGCAAGCACUUCUCCAACCUGCCAGAUUCUGCUCCAGUCGAGUGCCUGGUCAGAGUCUACAUCAUUGACGCCCUAGAGCUUCAGCCGAAUGAUCCGAGCGGUUUGGCGGAUCCCUACAUUUCCUUGACUCUCGGCAAAAAGAAAGAAAACAACCGAGACGACUACAUCCCAAACUCCCUCGACCCGUGCUUUGGCCGACUUUUUGAGAUGAAGACGACGCUUCCCCUUGAGAAGGAUCUGCACAUCAUGAUCAAGGAUUAUGAUUUGCUGAGCACGGAUGAUGUCAUUGGCGAGACGACCAUCGAUCUAGAGAACCGCUACCUGUCCAAAUACCGAGCAACUGUCGGAUUGCAGAAGUCUUACCAGAUCGAUGGGCCUAACAGAUGGCGAGACGCACAGAAACCAAAGGAAAUACUUGACAAUUACUGUGAAAUGAACCACCUGGCAGCGCCACAGUGGUUUGGUAACAACGGCGUCAAAGUUGGAGGCCGCGUCUACAAUCUUGGAGACUUUGAAACGAACAAACCGAUGCACGACCACUUGGGUCCACCAGACGAGCGCCUGGCUCUCUUCGUCCUCCAUACGUUCCCAUUGGUGAAGGAGCACGUCGAGACGAGACCACUCUACAGUCCCAUCCAGCCCGGUAUCGAGCAGGGAAAACUGCACAUGUGGAUCGAUCUGUUUGACUUAAACCUCAGCAUGGGGGCGCCACCAGACCCUAUUGAUGUCUCACCAAGGACACCCAAGAAGUAUGUGUUGAGGAUGGUCAUCUGGAAUACGGUAGAUGUGAUACUGGAAGAGGAGUCGAUAACCGGUGAGAAGAUGAGUGAUAUCUAUGUCAAGGGAUGGAUGAGCGGCAUUGAAGACAAGCAGGAGACAGAUGUUCAUUACAGGUCAAUGGACGGUGAGGGUAACUUCAACUGGCGUUUUGUCUUCCCCUUUGAUUACCUGCCAGCAGAACAAGUGAUGGUGAUUAAGAAGAAGGAACACUUCUGGAAUCUGGAUGAAACCGAACUGAAACUACCUCCAACACUGAUGCUACAGAUUUGGGACAAUGAUCUAUUUUCUGCUGAUGACUAUCUGGGUAACCUUGAGAUAGACUUGAAUUCCAUGCCUUCCCCUGCCAAGAAGGCAAGCCAAUGUGACCUUCACAUGCUCCCUGGCAUGGGCAAGAGCAACCACAAGACAGUGUCCCUGUUUGACUCACGCAGGGUCCGAGGAUUCUGGCCCUGCUUCAACGAUGAGACCGGCACCAAGGAACUCACAGGCAAGAUUGAGAUGGAGUUGGAACUUGUGACUGAAGAGGAAGCUAAUGAGAAACCAGCUGCUACUGGUCGCGAGGAACCAAAUGAUAACCCACAUCUGGAGAAACCUAACCGACCCUCGACAUCAUUCAUGUGGUUCACCUCCCCCUGGAAGACACUCAAACACAUCAUCUGGAAGCAAUACAAGUGGUACUUCAUCACAGCUCUCAUCAUCAUCAUCGUGGGUGCACUCGUGGUCCUCUUCGUCUACUCGAUACCCGGGGCUGCUGUUGAUAAGAUGUUUGGUGCAUUUUAAGGGUGCAGCUGUUGAUAAGAUGUUUGGGAAUUGAUAGUCAGAAGGGAGCACUUUCUAACAAAAUGGUCGGAAAUUAACGCCAGAUUCCAUCGUCUUCAGGAUUUCUACUCAACCGCUUAUACAAGACUUCUGUUGCUUACUUUUUCUUAUUUGGUGGAUGGACAUUAUUGGUGGGAGCAGAUGGGCAUCCUCAUGACGAAUGUCAGAUAUGCACUUCUCUCUUUUCCAGGGUGCCAUUGCUAACAAAAUGGUCGGACGCUAACACAAGAUUCCGUAGUUUUCAAAAUUUUGACACUAACACAAGAUUUCGUGGUCCUCGCAAUUUGGACACUAACAUGAGACUUCGUAUCACUCAAAUUUGGAUGUCGACACUAAACUCUGUAUUCUUCUGAAUUUGGAUGCUGUCUCAAGACUCCGUAGUCCUAAGAAUUUGGACGCCAGCACACAACUCUGUUGUCGUCAGAAUUAAGACCCGGAGAAGUAUUCUGUAGUCACUUUCAAUAGACUGAUGUUGUUGCCUGGAAAAGAUGGCCAUUACAGCAAGUGUCGGACAUUUGUACUUUAAGAUAGUCUUUGUAAUUAGCAUGUCCAAACAAUCCAAGUGAAUUAGGCUGUGUUUUUAUCCAAAAAGCAGUGAAUGGUGUGUUCGCAGCAUUGGGGCGACAGCAAUGAUACUGUAUAGAAAAUCAUCAGCCUCGGGCAAUCUUUCACCACUUUCUGGACCAAUCUCAACUUAAGGAUUAGGCAAUGAACAAAAUUAUGUAUAAAUGCUUGGAAAACUAGUCACUAUAUAGGCUAUCAAUAUUUGAUGUGGAACAUAUUGGUGUUAAGUUAUCAAGUUUUGGCCGGCCCAUUUUGGUAUUGAUAUUUCAACGGUUGGCCUUGAGAUUUAAAUAGUUGUAGCUAUUGGAAAAACUGUACUAUGGUUACCAACUGGGUUGCAAUGGAAAACUGGCUGAAAUUAGAAGCUCAGCUCAAGCUUGGGUUACAUGCUAGGGUUGCCUUGUGGGCAGAACAUGUCCAAAUUCAAAAUAUGAUUUCACUGUGUUUUUGAGUAGAGUGUAGUAGCAACCAGGUGGUCAGGAAAAGUGCAUGGAAUGGAAAACUAACGUAAAAAUGUGUUUGUCAAAUUUAGCCUAUAUUUGUGACUUGUUCAUUUUGGAGAACAUUAUUCAAUGUGAUUUCAAUAGGCUUGGUCAGUCAAAAUGUUCUCUGGACAGAUGUACUUAGUUUAACUGUGUAAGAUAGGAUAAAAGUGGGAUAGUUUAUAGAACACAUUGAGACAAGAAAUUUGUAUUUAAAAAAAUUGGUUGUAAAGGUAAACUUAUAUCUGUCGAUAGCCAAGUGAUUUGGUCAGAAGUUCCAUUUCACUGUAAGUUUGGAGUAUGUUGUGUCAGUGGACAUACAACACAGGUGAUUCUGUCAAGUUUAUGGUGGCCUGGAGCAGACAUCUGAUGAAGUCAAAUUAUACAGGGUGUUAUUUAGCUACUUUUCAGUUUGGGUAUUUAAUCAAAAAAUAUCAAAAGCAAAGAAGAAUUUACCUUGUUGGACAUACAUGUACUUUCACGGGAAGUUGUUCACAAGAUGUCCUUAAAAUCUAGUCUUUUGAUGAAAAUUACCCAAACGAUAAAAGCGACUUAAAUAUUUUAACACCCUGCUGUUUGCUGAAAAUUUGAUUUGAAAUACAAUAAACAUGCAUAAAUACAUUGAAAUGUAUGCAAAUGUAUGCAAAUGUAUGCAAAUGUAUGCAAAUGUAUGCAAAUGUAUGCAAAUGUAUGCAAAUGUAUUCAAGUCAUUCAUGUCAUCAAGUUCGUUAGCACCACUUAGUAUUUCAUUGCGUUGACUAUUAUUCUCAUUGUGCUUCAUCAUUACGUUGAUCAAAUACUAUUAAUUAUUAUUUCAGUAUUUCAGUUUUUCACCAGACUUCACUAUAGUUAUGUUAACUAUGAUUGUUCAGGCUGAAAAUAUCACUAAACAAUUGUAUGCCAAGAUGCUUAUCCUAUUUUUUCGUUAGCUGAAGUGAGAUUUGAGGGUGAUAAUCUGGUAAGAACAAAAUCUGUUAGAUACUUUUUUUCUUUUGUUGUUAAACAUCCAAUUUCUUUGUCUUAAUUUUCAGCCACAAAUUAGUUUUGUUUCUUAGAGCGUGGCAUGUUUUGCCUCUGUUAAGAUCGUUAAGGCAUGUAUAUUUCAUUUACAAACAUAAUGUAUAAAUUUGCUUUGUAAAUUGCUGAACUUCAAUUCAUCUCAAAAUGGGAAGAGGAACCUGUACAUUGACAUGAAAUUGUGUGCAAAUGCACAGGUAUUCUACUGAACAAGGAUGAAUUGAUAUGUAAGAUAUUUAGAGACAGUUUCAUUUAGUGUAUUCCCAUUUAUUGCACUUCACCCUGGUUUAGUGUUGCCAAAGAUAUAUGACAAUCUUGUAGGUUGUGAUCAGUGAAGUACAGGGUGUCUGGGAAAAAAUUCAGAAUAGACUGAAUUUUGGUUGGUUAUGAAAAUAUACAUUGACAAUACAUGUACUUAUUUUGAAAUUAGAAUCUAACAUUGCGCAUGGUGAAUACCACAGUAUUUUACAUCAAGAUAUUUUUUGAGUUUUUCUUGAGACAUCCUGUACUAUUGUUUUCUUUCUCGAGCUGAGAAGCCAAUACAGUGAAUUAACUAAUUCUGUUUUAAUUUUCUAGUCGAAAUGAAACAAACUAACUUUGUAUUUAAUUUCCUUGUUCUUUAUUGUAUUCUGUUUCCAUUCGAAUGUAUAAUUCCUAUCCAAAAAAUAUUUCCUUUGCAAAUUGAAAUUUGAGACUCUGUGAUCUGGUGAUGUCCGUUGUUGAGAAAUACUGAUAUUUCUGCAUUUUUUCAGAUCUUUGAUUAAAAGUCUUAUAGUUUAUACCUUAGCAGUAUUUUCUUAUUGUUUUUGGUUGAAAUCACCACUUUACGUGUUUCUAGUGAUCACGUGUAAAAAAAUUGUUUCAAAAAUAUUUUGGAAUUUUUUAGGUAAAUUUACUAAAAACCUGAAUAUCCAAAAAACCAGUAAUGUAUUUUCUCUUCAAUCUGGUUCACCUUAUGUCGGACAAUCUUUUUAUGCAUUUGGAGUACAAGUCUGGUUUGUCCAUCCAUACGGAAUUUAUCCCAAGUUAACCUAGUCCGAAAUGUUGAGUUUGAAUAGUGAGCUUUGUAUAUUUGGCUUAAUUUGCCAUCACUGGACUGAAAUCUUGAAAAAAUAGUCUGGAAAUGCUUUUAAAAAGAUUCUUGAUAGAUAUGUGGCUUGUCAUCUCUCAAAGAUUGUGUUUUGGUCCAUAAUCUUCAUUUCUAGCUUCUCCAAUCAUUGCAGUUUUGGUAGGAUUUUCCCUGGAGAAGUGUGUCACAUGACAUCACAGCCAUUUCUAAUUGGGCCCAAUCAUAUGACAUACAUUCUUCUGUGGAAUUAGAUUGGGUUUUCAUAUGCCCUGUUAAAGUGAGUUUUGCACAAGCAUUACAAUACCCUUCCACUUGCCAUGCCCCAAUCCGUACCAAAGCAAUAAUUGAUGCAUCGAGUCAUUACUAUGGAAGUCCAAUGUGCAAAUUUCUGAAUCGAUCCCUAAUCUAGCUGUUCAAGCAAACUGACUAUCUUGCGGUGAUAUGCUAAAAUGCUGAUCGUGCAGACUUCACUUUGAGCAAUACCAAAAUACCAAGUAACUUGGUAGAUCAUGGGAAGGGGAGGAAACUGCUUCCAAAACUGGUUUGAUAAGAAAGUUUUUCUCUUGACCAGGCUUAAAAAAUUGCAUACCAAUUUGAAAAGAUUGUCAAAAUUUGUUGUCCAAUAUCUCCCUGGAAAUCAGUCCAAUAUCUGCCUCAUAUUUAAUGCCUUCAGUUGAUUUGCAGUUUUUGAUUGGAUUCCACAUGAAGAUUUUUUGCGACAGGAGUCAUCUAGGUUAAACUUCCCCAUGAUCUAUCUCACUUGAGUAUGGGAGCAUAUUGUUAACCCUUUUAGAACUAGUUAGAGAAACGAAUGUGAAAUGCUGGGGCCCAUGUGUUACAUGUGAUAAGAUCAUAAUACUGCAUUUAUCCUGUAGAGGUGACGGCUUAGCGUUGUAGAUGUCAGGGACUAAAAUAUGUCGUGUCCCAAGAGAAUUGCAUUUGAAGAUUUUUGAAAUGGCUUAUGAUAAGUUCUAAGAGUGAAGAUCCCUUGUCAAGUUUUCAGGUUCUUAAUGUUAGUUCUAUUCAUCAGUUAGAUUAGACGGGAAAAGAUUUGGUGUGGAUCGAGUCUGAGAGUACCCCAGCUGCAUGGUCGUACCCAAGGGUGAAAUUGCUUCCCAAGUCUGUUACAUCAGACUCGACUGACAAUUCACAUCACAACAUUUGUUCAUCCCUUUCUAUAUUUUAGUACAGAAUCACCUAUCCUCGAUAUAAAUACCAUGUUUAUCUCACUUGACCAACUUUACUUUCCUGUUUAAGUACCAGCCUGUGAUGCUUAUUAUCAAAUUGUGAAUGUAAAACGAUGACCUUCUGUUAAUGAUAACAGUAGACUGUAUUUGAAUGCGGAGACGAAAUGAACAGACUCUUGAAGCUUUAGUUUCUAGUAAAAAAACUUUUCCUCCAUUAUCCGGUAUCUUUUCAUCUAAAAAAUAUCAGCAAUGGGAAUUUUUGUACUAUUUUUUCAAAAUCAUGUAAUGGAUAAAUCUUAUCUUUGCAACCAGUGUGGUGUAAAUGUUGCUUUUGAUCAAUUUUUACGUAAAUUGUUGUAUUUUUCUUCUCAAGUAUAUGUCAUUUUCCCUGGAGAACCUUGUAUUUAAUAUGCAUGUGAUAUUCAUAUAUAAAUCUUUGAAAACGAAUACAUUUUUGUACUCAUUCAAAUGAUUUCAUGGACUGAUACUAAGUAAAAUUUUCAAAACAUGAACUUUUUGAAACUUUAUGGAUUACUACUAUUCGAAUAACAAACGAAUGUAGUCUAAUGCUAAUUUCACGACCUGAUUGAAAAUCUGUGUCAAUUUGAACUGGUCAAUUUAUGCAUGAAAAUCCUGGUAAUUUUUCUAAUUCGUGAAUGUAUCCAUUUCCUAUCAUGAUUGUAUUUUCCCAACUUGAGGCUGAGGCUGUUUUUGUCACAAAAGUGCCUUUAAGCACACUGCAUUCAUGUUUUGCCUUUGAACACACUGCAUGCAUGUUUUGCCUUUGAACACACUGCAUGUAGUUUUGCUACUUGAAAGUCGGAGAUCCAGUUUGUGUUAUUUUCAAUUUAACACAGUGAACAAGCGUACAAUGCUAUACAUGCUGGGAGAAGAGUCCGUUGAGCCCAUUCUUUUGCUAUGCUGGGUUUCUCAGUACCAUUCGCGCAUAUUUUUGUCAUAGCUAUACACAGACAACAUUAAAUAUGUCCAUGCUAGAUAACAAAGAGUGUGGUAGUGGACUGUUCUUUCUUUCUUUAUAGCAUUGUAUGUUUGUGACAUGCUUGUCCCCAGUGUUUAUUGUAAGCAAAAGUUCAUUGUUACUGAGCUUGUGACAGAAGCCUCACUUCUUAAAGUCUUACACUGUAUGUCCUAAAAAAUGUGACUUGAAUUUCUUUUGGAAGAAAAUAUUCCGCUCUGUUGUGGAUUUGUGUCUGAGCAACAGCUUGAAGAUCAAGGUUCAGAUAAACGACACACCCUAAUCGAUGGAGAGGGGCUCCUACCUUCACAUUCAUACAAAAUCUUUUUCAAAAACGUUUUUGGGACAUCCUUGUGCUGUUUAUCAAGUUGUUAGGUUGUAACCUCCUAUUUCAUGUCAUAUUAUCAUGGAUAUAUACUGGUAUAAAGCAAAGAAUAUAUUUUAAUAAAUAGUGCUAACGAGA